AUGGAAGGGGGCCCCAAUUGGGUGGACAAUCCUGUGGACAGCCCCAUCAUUGUCAACCCCCUCAAGGAUGAGUUCUACAAGCAGCCCAUGUUCUACCACCUGGGGCAUUUCAGUAAAUUCAUCACCGAGGGCUCUGUGAGAGUCGGGCUCACCUCCAACUGCUUGUUUGACAUCUGUAAGUUGAAGACUUCGGCUUUCCUGAGACCCGACGGCGUUGCGGUGGCGGUGGUGUUGAACGAUUUUCCCGCAGGCGGACGCCCAUGUUCUCCCAGAAAUUUUGGGCAUGGCUCCUUGGUGUGUGAAUGCGGGGCUGAUUAUUGUGAUACUUUGGAGCCCCUCACUCUCCCUGAAUCGGGGUCUUAUGUGAAGUACGAAAGCAAUAAGGCCGGACGCCGUGUGGAGCGGAGCGAGGGCCUCCUGGUGGAUAAUCCUUCCGAGAAUGAUAAUCUGGUUUUGAAACUGAAGACGUCGCAGAAGUAUCAAAAGAUCAAAGGCUUCGGAGGGGCCCUGACGGAUUCGGCGGCUAUCAAUAUCCUGAAUUUGUCGCCCAAAACUCAGAGAAACCUGCUCAAAUCUUAUUUCUCCGGCGAAGCUUCUGUUAGCAAUUAUAUUCAGCAGAUCCCGAUUUUGCAACAAGCCCAAGCCGUCGCCCCGCGACCCCUGUUGCUCUACGCCAGUCCCUGGACAUCACCCGUCUGGAUGAAAACCAACGGCGCCAUGACGGGCCGUGGUACCCUGAAGGGUCAACCGGGUGACAGAUAUCACAAGACCUGGGCGAACUAUUUCAUCAGAUUCCUGGACGAAUACGCCAAGUACAACCUGACCUUCUGGGCCAUCACGGCCGGCAACGAGCCCACGGCCGGCGACAUCAUCUUCUACCCGUUCCAAUGCCUUGGAUUCUCCCCCGAGCACCAGCGGGAUUUCAUCGCGGAGGACCUGGGCCCGGCCUUGGCCAACAGCAGCUACAAGGGCAUCGAGCUCAUCAUUCUGGACGACCAGAGGGUGAUGUUGCCUUACUGGGCUGAAGUGGUUCUGAAGGACCCCAAGGCCACCCAGUACAUCAACGGGAUCGGCAUCCACUGGUACCUGGACUUCUUGGCCCCCAUUGACUUGACGCUGUCCAUCACCCAUCACCUCUUCCCCAACUAUUACCUCAUCUCCACCGAGGCCUCGACGGGGUCCUAUUUCUGGGAGCCCCGGGUGGUGCUGGGGGGCUGGGAUCGCGGCAGCAAGUACAGCCACAGCAUCUUGACGAAUCUCAACAAUUACGUCACCGGUUGGACGGACUGGAAUCUCGUGUUGGACAUGGAAGGGGGCCCCAACUGGAGCAAAAACUACGUGGACAGCCCGGUGAUUGUGGAUAAGGAGAAGGACGUCUUUUACAAACAGCCUAUGUUCUACCACAUGGCCCAUUUCAGCAAAUUCCUCCCGGAGGGAACUCAGCGGAUCGAGAUCCAGAAAAGCAGCUCCUGCGAUUUGGAGUUCUCCGCCUUCCUCCGCCCGGAUGGCUCGGCCGCCGUGGUGGUCUUGAACAGGUGAGUGGGCAGGUAAUGGGGCCGUCGCCGCAGGGGCAUCUGGGGUGCGAACGGCGCCCUCGAAACGGGAGGCGGCCGAGGCAGAGGAGAAUAUUCGUAUCUCAGGGGGAUCCUGGGUGCUUU